UCUUGCCACUCUGAAAAGCAGUUACUUUCAACGUAAAAGCUCUCCGGGACCACAUCAAAGUUAAACGUCGAGAUGUUCAGGUACCAGGAUUCCUUCUUAGCGGCAGUGUAUCAAACACCGCAAUACGUACAGAACAAUCAGCUACUGCUGCCACCUCCACCUCAUUAUAGUUCUCACUUCAUGGAAGAGAGCAGAAUUUGUAACCCCUCACAGCCUUGCUUCAUGGCUAAACAAUCCGCAGCCUACAGUCAAGCCGCAGCUGAGACAUUUAACUCGAACGUCCACGGAUCUCAACUGCCAUUUAAUUUCGGAUCUGACCAAAGAACACUGAUCUCUCAGACCUCAUCUGCCAAGCUGAACAUCUCUGAACCUUCUACCAAUUCGGAGAUCAUGCACCACCCUAUUCCCGUUUACUUCCGCGUAAAACCGAAUCUACGGACUCCAAGCGGCAAAAGAUGUCGAAAAUCGCGCACCGUUUUUACGGAUUUGCAGCUGCGUGUCCUGGAGAAAACCUUUUCAGAGCAGAGAUACUUGGAUUCAACAAAUCGAGCAAAACUUUCGCAUAUCCUUUGCUUAAACGAAGCGCAAGUGAAAACUUGGUUCCAAAACAGAAGGAUGAAAUGGAAAAAGAAAGCGCAGAAAACGGAAAAACCUGAUAGCUCGACCACGGCAAAGAAAACAGACAAAAGAGACCAAGCACUUGGGGAGAACGGACAAGUAAACACCAACAAAUGAAGACGUAAAAUUCCACAAAAUUAUUUUGAAGUAAUAUGCUAAAAAAUACGAUAAGAAAGGAUUCGUAACUUAACCCUCCAAAUCAUUUACUGUAACUAAUUAUAGAGACGUGGAAACAGAUACCAGUGUAACUUAGGCAUGACAGCGCUAAUUUUACGGAAGUCAAAGGAGACGUUGGGAAAUUGGCAAAAGUGAAGUUACAUUUUAGUAUCAGAUAAGAAAUUAUCAGUCGAGCUAAUCUGCGAAAGAAGAACAAAAUUAAAAACUCUUUCCUUUA